UUCUCCCGGGGACUCUUAAACCGGCGACUUAGGAGGAACAGCUGCUUCUGGCCUGAGUAGGGUUGCCUGGAAACCGGAGCCUGAAGGACGCCCGGCGAGGUGACCUUGCAGACUCCUGCCUGGAUGCUGUGGCGCUGGGCCCAGACGUGUACCCCUGAGCAUCCUUAGGUUGCUGGGGCGGGGAGCUCAGGGGGGCACCGAGAAAACCACCAUGCCCUGAAGCAUGAAAACGUACUGAUCAGUGUUGCCCGUGUUUUCCUGAUUGCUCCAAAAGCAGAUAGAGUGGCCUCGUGAAUAGGAGUGCUUGCCCAGAUAGCAGAGCUGGAGAUCAUGGAUGAAGAUCAAAUAAUUGAAGAAGUCUUGGAUAAGUUUGUUAAUUGUCAUGAGCAAACGUAUGAAGAAUUUCUGAGCACCUUUACUCACCUUUCACAAGAGGAUAAUGUGACCAAAAGAGGUGUGUUUGGAACCAAUUCCUCAGAAAACAGAAUUUCUUUGAUACCGUGUACUCAUGAAAAUGGACCACGUGCUCACCACCCCGGGAGGAGAGCCGUCAUCCCUCGUGCUUCACCCCCGUGUCCGGAAGCGGAGCCGGUAGUGCUGCAUGAAGGCCAAAACGUUGGCAGCUCCUUCCACGGUGAUCUGAAUCGGGCAGGAAAGGUGAAGGUCGAUAAUUUCCUAGAAGUAGAAGACUUGGACAUGGAUGAAGAGAUUAAGCCCCAAAUGAACAAGGGUUUGCCGCUGCUGCCGGGAGAAGCGGAGCAGGACGGGAGCGCCUGUGUCCCUGCUCCCACCCCUGCCGGGGCCCAGCCUCUGAGCCCUGGAGUGCAGCCCAGGUCCCCAGUGGAAGGAGCAGACCGGCAGAGGGACCAGCCCAGGUCCCCAGUGAAAGGAGCAGACCAGCAGAGGGACGAGACACCCGGAGAUGAAGUUCAGCCCUUCAGACUUGAUGAAGAAUUUGAUUAUGACGCUGUGAUGCUAACCCCCAAGUUCAGUCCUGCAGAGAUGGAAGCCAUCAAAGAACUAUCCAGGCAACAUCGAGAGAACACCAGCACACCUGGAGGAACCCUGUGACCGAUUCACCAAGACAUCUUCCUGUUUACGUUUCUUUGGUUCUUAUUCAAGCCACAAUAGAAUAAACGAUAA